AUGGAUCAAACUUUUUAAGAUUAGGAAGCUCUAGCUGACAUCAUUACUUAAGUUAAAGAUGUAGAUGAACAACUAUUUGGUGUCUUAUUGGAAAUAAUUCGAAAGGAAAAAGUUUAUGACUACAUUAGAUAUCUUUUGGAUAAUGGAAUUCAAAAACAUUUAGAAGAAUAAAUCUUACAACAAAGAGAGAAUUUAAAACAAGCUUAUAAUGAAAUGAAAUUGUAUGAUUUUAGAAAGAAUAUAUAACAAAUUACGGAUGCCCUAAAAAAAAUAAAAGAUCAUAAAUUUAAUAAGAAAGAUUAUUCAAAUGAAGAAAAUUAAGAAUCUAUAAAAGAUCUGAUUAAAAGAAUUCGGUAUAAUAAAAAGAUCAUCGAAUUUUUGUAUUUUUUAGUUCAGCUCACAUCCUUAGAUAACACUUUAAUUUAAUGUGGUUCUAAUUCAUUACAUAUCUUAGUGUAAAUGAAGGUUGAUAUGACAAAUAAAAAUUUUGAAAAUAUUAAGAUGUAAAAUACUUCUCUAGUAGGGGCUAAUUUUUUUAGAUGCAAUUUAAGUGGAUCUGAAUUUAAUAAUGUUAACAUUAGUGGAAUGAAUUUGAAUGGAGCAUUAUUAUUGAAUUGUAAAUGGAACAACUUAAGAAUCCAUGAAUUAAACUAAUUAAAAGGUCAUGGGGGUUUUGUAAGAUCAGUCUGUUUCUCUCUUGAUAGAAAUACAUUAGCAUCUGGUAGUUAUGAUAACUCUAUUCGUCUAUGGGAUAUUAAAACAGGAUAAUAAAAAGCCAAAUUAGAUGGUCAUAGUAAUUAAGUUUGGUCAGUCUGUUUUUCUCCCGAUGGAAUUAAAUUAGCAUCUAGUAGUCUUGAUAACUUUAUCCGAUUAUGGGAUGUUAAAACAAGAAAAAAGAUGGCCAUAUUGAUUGGUCAUACUAAUUUUGUCAACUCGUUCUGUUUCUCUCCUGAUGGAAAUACAUUAGCUUCUGGUAGUUAGGAUUAGUCUAUCCGUCUUUGGAGUGUAAAAACAGGAUAAUAAAAAUCCAAAUUAGAUGGUCAUACUAGUAGAGUCUUAUCAGUCUGUUUCUCUCGUGAAGGAAAUACAUUAGCUUCUGGUAGUAGUGAUAAGUCUAUACGUCUAUGGGAUGUUAAAACUGGAUAAUAAAAAGCCUAAAUAGAUGGAUUAGAGCAGAAAAUUAUCUCCUAAAGGAUGAAUCAAUUUAUUUAUAAUAUUAAUCAAGGCAAUUCAUUACUAAAUUAAAUUAAUUAUGAGAAAGCCCUUUAGUGCUUUGAUAAUGCUAUAAAAAUCAAUCCUAACAAUUGUUUAGCAUUCAAUAACAAAGGUAUUUGAAUUUUUUAUUUUUUUUAUUUUAGGCAAUGCAUUAUAUUAAUUGAAUCGUUUUGAAGAAGAUAUUAAGUGCCACGAUUAAGCUUUAAAUAUCAAUCCUAAUAAUUGUUUAGCAUUCAAUAACAAAGGUAACCGAUUUUUUUUAUACGUAAUUUAAGAGUUGCAUUAUAUAAAUUAAAUCGUUUUGAAGAAGCCAUUAAGUGCCAUGAUAGUGCUUUAAAUAUAAAUCCAUAAGAUUGUGAUGUGCUUAAUAAAAAAGGUAAUAUUUUUUCAUUUUUAAUUUAGGCAAUUCAUUAUAAAAUUUAUAUCGUUUUUAGGAAGCGAUUAAGUGCUAUGAUAAUGCUUUAAAAAACAAUCCCCAAGAUAGGGAGGCACAAACAAAAAGGCUUAGUGCUUUAGGUAUGCUAAAGAAACAAUAAUGA